CCCGAGCGCACAUACAGAACUGUAGAUCUGUGGAAGUAGACGUACAAUGGAUCCCCAGGUUAGUUUUGUUGUUUUUUAUGCUAAAAAAAAAUUAUACAGGCGAUUGCUCUUUGGCAAAAAGCGACCUGAUUACCGCCCGUACGACCCUCAAACCUUCACAAAGACGUUCAACAUGGCCUCGUCGACGCCCACGCAAGCCCUCGUCAGGGUCUGCACGACGCUCGCCCCCCCCUCCAGCUGUCAAAUAACACUGACCAAUGAUGAGUGGGAUUUCGAGGCGCUCUCGCAAGUCUGCGGCCGCAAGUCCGCUGAAGUGUAUGGGUUGAUCCGCGACGACGAGUCCUGCCGGACGGUGUUGAAGGAGUGCCUCUCUGGUCAAAACGUCCGCAUGAUCAGCGCGGAUAUGACAAGGUACUUCUGGAGCGAGAAGUGCGAGGCCCCGGACGUGGACAUCUGCAUCGCUUCCUUAACAAACUUCCGGGCCAUGAUCGCGACUUCUCACUACUACGCGCCCAAUUAUAUGGGAAGCAUGACCCAGUACUCGUUCCCGGGCGGCCUGGGGGCGGCCAUCACCGCGCGCGAGCACCUCAAGUGUAUCUACCACCGCCUCCUCUCCAUGGUGCCCACCCACAACGAGGAGGCGCUCGCCACGGCGCGGGCCGGCAGCAUGAUCCACCUCGAGAGAGCCAAUGAAGCUGCCUCGAAGCACCUGGAGGACUUCGCGGCCAUGUUGGCGAACGGCGUGGAUCGCGCCGCGGCCAUCGAGUUGCUGAAGGUCCACGGCAUCAACCUCGAGGGCCACCAGGGGCGCCUCAAGGGCCCGCUCGUCUACCAGGCCAUGCAGGGCGCCUCCGAGAAGACGCAGAUCGCCAUCAUGAAGCACUCGGAGGGCUGGGGGAUGCCCCUGCCCGAGCCGGUCCGCCGCGAGCUCGCGCGCGUGCGGAUCUCUAGAAGCUACUGGUGGCAGUAGGCCGUGAGCGCGCGCGCGCGUCCCGCUUCGCCGCCCCAACAUGGGUUGCCUAAGAACCACUUUUCGUCGACCCACGUGUAGAUACUGGCGGCGCGCCUCGCCGGCGGGCGGCUGCGUCUGGGCGUCCGGCUACCGACGCCUAGGAGCAGGGUGGCUGGAGAGUGGGGCAGCUGCCCAAGCAAUCCCGCAGCCCCCGGCUCCGCCGGUCGCCUCGCUGCCGCGGGUCGCCAGAUGGACCGACUGUGCCGCAGCGCCGCGGCUGCGCCCUGAGGACGUCCACCAGCGACCGUCUUGGCAGAUUUUGGGCAAAGGAGAUUGUCUCUCGC